UGAGGAUGAUGAGAGGAAUCGCUCUUCUGCUGCUCAUCUGCCAACAGAUGGAUGUACGCGGCCACACACUGAGCAGACACACCGCCGGCAUCAACACCAAACUCAAGAGUUUGUUACAGCAGUUUGAAGAGAUUCUGAACACAGAAGAAACUUCUGACAGAGACACGGAUUAUGAAGAAAUCAACCGUGGCGUGAUGGAGCGGAGCCCGGCCUCCACGGCCUGGGACAGAGAGGACGACGUCCCCGCCGCCGAGGACUCAAGCCCCGCCGAGGGAUACGAGACGCAGAGAAAACGCCUCAUUGAUCUCCUCAUGUCGACCCGGAGUAAAAGUUUGUCUGGAUGUUUUGGGGGAAGACUGGAUCGCAUCGGCUCCACCAACACUCUCGGGUGCAACUCCAAGAAAGGCUAA